AUGGCACCUUCUAUGCCUACCGCGUCUUCUCCGCUUGCUUCUGUACUUAACGAAGCUAUGGACGCCAGCCAAGAGAUCGACCCCGAGGCAACAGAAGAGGAUCCGGACUUCCAUGGCGAGCUUGCCAAGAACCAACGCAGAGUGAUCAUAUCGAAGCUGUUGGAUCCCGUCCGGAUCACGUUUCGCGAACAAGACGAGCUUCUUCGUGGCCAAGCCAACACGUUGCCGGAGCGUUUCUACCGAACCUUCUAUGAGACCUCGGCUACAUUGAGCAAAUACGUAUCCAUUGACACGCACGUCAAGCAUCGCAAGAGAAAGACGUUGGUGAUCCAAGAUGGAAUGGCUUUCCAACCUGUGGCUAGGUUCACAGUUCAUGACUACUUGCACAGGGAAGGCAUCGAGCGACAUCUUGUCUGGAACCAGAAGAAAGACCCUUCUGGGUACGUUUCUGUCUUCAACGAACUUUCACAUGCAAAGAGACGAGCAGGCUUUCAUUAUGACGAGAGUCAGCGUAUUGGCCAACGUGUCAGCAUCGCCUGCAUCAACACAACCGGACUGAUUCCGGCAACUGUGCACGCCAAAUGCGAAUCCAAGAUCUGCAUUUUGACAAAGGAACCGGGCUCCAAGGAGCUUGAGAAGUCGAAGAUGAUCUGGCGAGACGUCGAUAUACCUGUUUGGAUCCAUCGCAAAGCAAGAGAACAGUACGGCGGUACCAUUACUCCAGAGCAGUUGGAGGAAUCCGGUGCUGACAUGUGCAUUUCUAUCACGGAGAUACGCAACUGCAACCUAAAGGAAGAGGGGCCAUUCGGUAGUGUUAGACGAGAUUCGAUCUGCGCGAAAGGUCAUGACUACGAAUGGUUAUUCUGUGGACCAAUCUCCGACUCUAGAACCGUGGAUGUCUGGCCUUGGGAUGGCACGCGGUUGUACAUGUAUGGUUCCCACCGACCUAUCCGAAGUUUUGAGAACAGUGGGCAGCCUUGGGUUUGGGAAAAGACCAAGAAGAUGUGGGUCCCAGAUUGGGUGCGGAAGCCUCUUGCUUCGGACGAAGCUCAAGACAACAGCAACAAGCGCAAAAACGAUCAGGAUCAACACGACCAGGACAAACAUGACAAGCGCAAGCGCAAGUGCUGCAAGACUUGCGGAUGCACAAAGAAACGCCCACUGUUGUCGAUCAGUGCCAUCAUGUCUACUCAGACUCUACCCCAACCUCUUGUACAUGACACGAUGGCUUGA